CAAGCAUCUGGGGUCGAGCGCUCACAUACAUUUACGCGAUCCAAUGCGCACAUUGGCACAUCUAAUGCGCGCAUUUCUUCACGCGCCUGUCAUGGUGCUAGGUGUUUGUUUCGAGGAUUAAUAUUUCAGAAAGACUCCGAUCGUGAUAGGACAUCUUAAUGCUUGUUCAUAUGACAGUUUGUCAUUUUUGGGUUGCUUGUUGUAGCUCUCAGGACACAUUUUAGGGAAUAGAAAACGUCUGAUAUUGAAGUGUUUAGUUGGAAUUUGAUUCUCGGCCACAUCAUUUUGGAGAUUUAUCUGCGAGACUCUCUGUCGGACGGUGGUCCCCGUGUAUGGAUGUAGAGGGUGACGGGGUGUCGGUCUGAGGGGUCGAUACGGAGCGAUCCGGGGGUUCCAGACGCGCUUCCCCGAGAUUCUCCAGCAGCAGCAGAAGCAUCACCGUAUUCAGCAGCAGACGAGAUGAUUCUUUUGGGAAUUCUUCUAAAUCUGUUCUUCAUUAAGGGUUCUUUUCCCUUUGUGGUGCCAGUGUUCCCCGGGACUUUAGACUGCAUUGCUGCAGUACAGAAAUGUGUGUUGGAUCCAGAAUGUAAGAGACAGUUCCGACACCUGGAGUACUGUGUGGAUGAGGAGGCGGUGGCCCCUCAGAGCCUGGAGGCGCGGCAGGCCUGCAUCGACGUCCAGAACAGCCUCAUGCACUAUCAGCCCCUGCAACAAUGCAAGUGCCAGCGCGGUUCGCGAACGGAGCAGCACUGCCUGAGUGUUUACUGGACCGUCCGCUUUCCACAGGGUUAUGAUGACAUUGAGACAUCCCCAUAUGAAGACAUUGAACUGGAACUGGUGAGAAACACGGAAACAUCAAAACUGGCUUCAAUAGUUUCAGUGUCGUCUCUUCCUCUGACGGAUCAGAACCAGUGUCUCAAAGCAGCUCAGGACUGUGGCUUGUAUGAGAAGUGCGGUUCUUUGCGUUCUGAGUAUGCGUUGGCUUGUACUAAGAUCAUACCGGGCACAAACCACUGUAACAGGCACAAAUGUCACCGUGCUCUACGGAGGUUCCUGGAGCGCGUUCCAGAGGAAUACAGCUUUGGUGUCUUGUUUUGCCCCUGCUCAGACACUCUGUGUGGGGAGAGGAGAAGGAAAACCAUCGUCCCCUCCUGCUCCUAUGAAGAACGAGACGGACAACCCAACUGCCUCCAUCUGGAGAGCUACUGUCUCAAAGACAACCUGUGCAGGUCGAGAUUGGCUGAUUUCCAGCAGAACUGUCAACCGUCUUCUCUCUCCCCCUCCGGCUGUCUCCGGGAAAGUGGAGCUGUGUGUCUCAAGGCCUACGCUGGACUCAUCGGCACCAUCAUGACUCCAAACUACGUGAGUAACAGCAGUACAGAGGUUUCGCAAUGGUGUCAUUGUGAAGGCAGCGGGAACCAGUGGCAGGACUGCCUGCGUAUCCUGCACAUGUUCAACAGCAACACCUGCCUGCGUAAUGCAAUUGAUAGCAUGGGAAGCUCCACCCCUCGUCCAGUCGAGGGCACGCCCUUUCCUCCUCCUCGCCCCUCCCCCCAGGUCCAGCGUUAUGAGCUGAACAUUAACCUGCUGCCUGAACCCAAAACAGUGGUAGAAAGUGAAGAAGAGGAAGAAGAAGAGGAGGAAGAAGACGAAACUGCAGGAGGCUUCAACGUGAUCCCUCCGUUCUCAGAGAAAGCGACAGUCACUAACCUGGGUUCCGAGGCCGACCGGAUCCACAGCCCAGCCUCCACCCUCUCCACCCCUCACUUCCUGCUCUCAGUUGUGCUGCUGAUUGCCCUCAGCUGGGGGUAGACACCCCACUCACACACACACUCUUAUACACACACAUACACACACAAACACACUGUACUAAAGUACAUACAUCCAGACUCUAAGACCUCUUAUAGAUGGAUGACAAGAACAACUUAUUAGAGGGUGGAGGAGAGCAAAACAAGAGGAAAACUGUUCUAUCCCUCUUUCCUUUUCAUUCAUUCUGUUUCUCCUUCUAGGGAAGAGGGUCUGCUAUAGAUAUAGCUGCUUGCUCAUUAGGGAAUUACUUUCGAAAUCUGAUUCCCCACCUGAAUCAUUUGAAUCACAAGUCAUGACUCCUAGGACUAACUGGCGUUGAUUACAGCCUAUGGUAAUCAAGUGAUUUGAUCGUACUUUGUAUCUAUUGUAUGAUGUCAGUGUGCUUCAGAUAUGAAAUGAAAAAGUGGGUUAAACUAGGCAACAUUGCUGCUUAAGACUCGCUACAUGGCUUUCCCUAAAUGCCCAAACGUGUUCUGCACCGCAGCCUGCAUUCAGAACCCCGCUGUGUUUAUUGUUGCUGAACUUGUAUGAAAUGAGACAAAAUGUAUGUGUAUGUGUGUGUGUUCAUGUAAGUUUGAUUUGCUUGACAUCGCUGCUCGUUGACAUCGGAAAAAAACUUGUCGAGCACGAUUCCUGAAUCUUUCAUUUUUCACACCUCUAUGUCUCACAAGCCAGGUCACACACCUAAUCACACACGCAGACACACACACACGCACGCCUCUGCCCUGCUGCAGAGCCGAUCGCGCAGAUGCAAGCGUUUUUCAUUUAUUGCUCUAUCUGCGAUGUGCUUUCAUUUUUGACUCAGCGCAGACUGUGCACUAACCAGGGGCAUAAAUAGAACCUUGAACAGAAAAAACAUAAGUAAUAAAGCCGAAAUAAAGAAAUAAACAAGCAAAAUAAAUAAAUAUAUUGUCGCACUGCAGGUGUCGGAGUCCGGUCUGGGUUUAGAACUCGAGGGGAAAAAAACAGGAAGUCAUUUUCCAGCCGCCUGUCGCCCCUGUACCUUCUCUUGGUGCCUGUUGUUUUACUUUCACAGAGAUAAUGACUUACAACACAAACUGUUUAUCUUGUUGUGUGUUCACGGCAAAGAAUUACUUGUGAUGGGAAAGAAACAGAAAUAGAUCUUGGGGGGAAAAAAACGAGAGACAGAGAGAGACUUAAACCCUCCAGAAAAAAGAAACAUGCAGUCUGGAAUCACAUGCUUUUUCUCUUAUAAAUCUUUUGCUGACACUGAUGCUUUUUUCUCAGUCUCGUUUCUUCUCGUCCCACCCUCUCUCCAUUCGUUCUCGUGUAUAUCCAUGGAAGUAAAAGACAGCAUCUCUGCUUCCCUCCAGAAGGGUUUUUCUUUGGGCACUUUCAAACUAGAGUCAUGGGGCACGAUGUUUGAUGUCAGAGUUUGGUUUGUUUGGUGUGAAGGCUUUUUCCAAACUUUGCUGUGCACCACCAAGCCACACCCAAGUCCACUUGAAAGGUGGUACAGUUCGUAACUGAAACGCAGCAGAUUAGAAGCAUAAUGCAGGUGUUUUAAGCAACCCAUCUAUAUAUGCCGCUGUGCUUCAAAGACAAUGAAUUUAAAGACGCAACUUUUACGAGAGGAUUUCCAUGCAUUACUUACAGCUAAGCACAGCACACAUAGCUGUUAGCAUAUUAAAUUAAAGCAUUGCCAAUGAAAAAGUUAAAAUAUAUAUCCUCGUGUGAUCUCGCAUACACAUGCGUGGACGUUGUAUUUUGGAUUUGCUAUACGCAAAUGCAUAAUUUAAAUUAAUUUAAACUGACUGAUCUCAGUUCAGGAGACUCUGUGAUGUCAGUAAAGGGUUAAACUUUUGACGCAUUGAGUCUUGUGACCAAACAACAUGGCGCUGACCACAGCAGAGUUUGUCUUUUGGAGAAACAGCAACAAAACUACAUCUGGUAAGAAACCUAAUAACCUUUUUACAGUGAAAACUGUUUGAGUCAAAAGAUUAGAGUCUCUAGUUUCAUCCGAUAUGCCAUUUUUUAAAUUUGAGCAAUUUAUCGCAAAGCGCCAUGCUGCUAAACACAAUGUACACUAAUGUGUACUUUAGAUAAUUUUUUCCUUAGAAAUCCUGAAAUUAUAGUGCAUUUUCACAUAGAGAAUCAAUGAGUUCAUCCAAAACCUGAAAAAUGUUGCUUUCAGAGGCUUUAUACGGAGUUAGGAUGAAAAUAAGGUGCAUUUUGAACUUUCUGAGACCAGUGCAGGCAGACAACACACUGGAGGUUAAGUAAUUCAAUAAAUAGGGAGCAAGGGAACAUCCUAUAUCUUUCCUAUGCAGCUAAGUGCAUUCACUCCUAAAAUCCGGUCAAAAGUUCAGUUUCAGGCUGCAGAUGAUGUUUGGACCACUCAACAUGUUUGGCAGAUAUGAAACAAUGGUAAAUAGUACUUAGAUUCAGAAUUGAUAAUGUAUAAUUAUUUAUUUUAUCAUGCUUGGCCGUAAUUGAAUGAUGCUGGCCAUUACUUUGAAUCAGAAUUAAUUAUGCUAAUUUCUGAUGUAAUGUCUGUAACAUAAUAAACAUAAUGAAACAUAAUAAACAAUUUGAUUAAAAAAUAUGUAAAAUUGUACAACAUUUGUGGACAUCAAUUUUUAGGAAAAUUAUUUAGAAAAUUAUUUAGAAAAUGCACACAGCAGUCACACUCGGAUCUCAGGAGGUUAAAUUAAAGCAAUGCCAUUGAAAAUGUCUGAAAUUAUAUAAUUAUAUUUAUAUAAAUAUAACACAGAAAGUGUUUUUUAAGAUGCCAUGUCAGUUUUUAAUAGUCCAACUUUUAAAACGCAUUUCCAAACCAACAUAUUUUGUCUGAUGACAACUCAUAAUAAUUAGUAUGAUAUGGCGAAAUUGUAAGAAAUCAUAUGUAGGAAAUGGAGUUGGCUUGUACAAAAACGUUCAACUUUUACUCCCAUAGAGAAAAGUAAAAGAAACAACAAACAAUAUUAUUACGACUUUUCCGAACUCAAAAAUUAAACCUUAAAUCUAACCAUAAAGUCUAAAGCCUGACACAACUGACAGCGACCUCUGGUGACUAGAUGUGGGUGUGACCAGUUACUUAAGAAAGUUGAUAAAAGUUACAAUUUAUGCAAAUGAGGAACAACUUUUGGGAGUGACAACCAAUAAAACCAAUCAGGCAGCUAUUUUUCUAUGUAAACAAGCAGCAUACAAGUGCAACUCCUAUCUACUUAAAUGGGGAAAGACCGAAAUGUCAAAAACAGUUGGUCAAAAUUAUGAUCAAAGAACAUAUUUCAAAUCAGCAGUAAAAUCUGAUAACAAUGGUAUCAUACAUUGUGCUUCUUUAGCUCAAUUUACACAAAAAAUUUACUCUUUUACUUGUAAGGCGGGACUUCCUUUCUACAUCCAUUGACCAUUUGGUGUUCCAGUUCUCCCAUUCAUUUGAACAGAAGUGGCCCAUCUCUGCUAAAUAGUCUCUGGUUGAAGUUUCUGUGAGCGAUUUCUGGGUUAUAUGAUUCGUCUGCAACAACAUUUAUGGAUAUAUUUUAAAAAAAAUGUUGCCUGGAAAAGAAAUUAUCAGCAGUCUGAGUGAGUUUGAUUCCAACAUUGAUAGAUUGUUCGUCUUGUUAAUGAUAUGAUGCAAUGAGCACUGCUGCAGUUCAUAUUAAAACACUCUCCCCUGCAGAAUGUUCAUUUUUGGCUUUUUUGGAUUCCUUUACAAAUUAGAAUGAUAUCUUAGUUUUACUGGCAAUAUGUCUCAUUUUUGAGGCAUUCCAUUUCAGAUUUUUAAGAGAAAUGACCACCAGACAUGCAGGCUACCAAUAAUGUUAGUGCGAAAGCAGAAGGAACGCCCACUAGCGACUUCACAGUACAGGGACUGGAGACAUCAAGCGAUAAAGUCCCUCCAUGUGUGUACAGGGCUUAACCAUUUUCCAAACAGUAAACUUAACAAUUUUUUAAAUAGUAAACAAACUUUUGUGUGCAGUGGAAGAAAGAAGACUUUGUGGUUGGAAUGGGAUGAGGGAAACGUAUUACAGGUUAUUGACAUACCUGUACAUCAGUCAUUUGUACUGCAUACAUAUGGAAUAAGUAACCAAAUUUGUUCACAGAUGUUUACUUUCUUAAAAUAAAGUGUUGGAUAGGAGGCUAGCUAAAAUUUGAUACCUGUAUUGUAUCAGUUUGUAAUUCUGUUUGCUGAUUGAUUGGUCUCUAUGUGAAUAAAUGUCGUACCAUUUCGUACGAACCAAGUCAUA